AAGUACGUAACCUGACGCAUCGAAGGUCACCACCACAAAGUACCAUGAGCACUGUAGGCCAAGGCCUCUUAGUAAACCCCAAUUGGCUCGGCCAGUUCCUUUCCUGCCACCAUCAGUCGAUAAUAUAGGUGGCCCAAAACAGGCCGGCGCGGCAAGACCCCUGCCCACACGGCAGCCAGUGCGGCCCCGUGUCCUGGGGUCCGCGUCGGGCCGUGUACGGAGUGGGAUUUAACCAGCACCAACACGCACCAACACGGCGUCAGCCCUUGCCAGACUGAUGGCAAGGGAAGGGUGGCCACCUCCCUACCUUGCCUCCUCAUUCCUCCUCCCAGCAUCGAGAGCGCCGUCCGCUGCCUGUAUCUUCGAGUAAAUUGUCCGGCGCAAACGAAACCGGCGGCCCUCCAGAAGAUUUGACCAAGAUGAGCAAGGUUGGAGGCACAGACGAGUCGACGGCUGCUCGCUCGAAAGAUGCGGCACUUCCCGAGGGGCCGCCGCCCCUAGCGAGACAACCAAGCGACGAGUUGAUCUUGAAGCGGGAACCGAUUGCAAGAUGGCGGCUGGUCACAAUCCUCGUCAGCAUCGGUGUCGGCUUGUUCCUCUCGCUCAUAGACACCACCAUUGUGGCCACGAUGCUUGCCAGCAUCUCGGAUGAGUUCGGCGGGUUCAAACUGGCGCCGUGGGUCUUGCUGUCGUAUACCCUCUCAUACCUCGGAUGUACCGUCCUUAUCGCCCGCCUGUCUGAUGUCCUCGGAAGGAAGCCGGUCUUGAUCGGUUGCUUUCUCAUUUUCAUACUCGCGUCCGUGGCCUGCGGCUCGGCGUCGACGCUUGAUCAACUGAUCGGCUUCCGAGCUGCCCAGGGCGCGGGCGGCGCGGGCCUGUACGCCAUGACCAUGAUCAUCUAUCCCGAGAUCAGCCCUCCUGAUCUGGUUCCCCUUCUCUCCGCGCUUCUGGGCAUUAUUGUCGCGCUGGCCGGCGUCAGUGGUCCCGUCAUUGGCGGUCUCCUCGCCACAUACUCCGACUGGCGAUGGGCCUUUUGGAUGAACGGCCCCAUCGGGGUGGUUCCAGGGCUCGCCCUGUUCUUUGUAUGGCCGAAGAACUUCCGCACAUUCAAAACGAUGCCUUUCAGUCACCUCGACUUCCUGGGUGCGCUGCUGCUCUUGAUGGCGACGGUGCUCCUCGUAUUUAUCAUCAACCAAGCCACCGUGAGGGAGUACGAGUGGAGUAGUCCGCAGACAAUUGCCGUCUUAAUCCUGAGCGUGUUAGCGUGGUUGAUUUUGGCGUGGUGGCAAUGGUACCUCUCAAGGAAGCCCAACCUCGGACAUAUCCGUGCCCAGAUCCCAUGGAGAAUUCUCUCAGAUAGGGUCCUAAUGUCCAGUGUCGUGAGCACGAUUCUGACCGGUUUCGUCAUGUACCUCGUCAUUGUCAACAUACCCAUGCGUGCCCAGAUCGUAAACUUCUACGAUGAAGUCAGGUCGGGAGUCCUGCUCCUCCCCCUUAUGGGCGCUACGGCAGUGGGCUCUGCUCUAGGGGGCGCCUGUUCAUCCAAACAGAACCGGACGUUCUGGAGCCUGAACACCGCAAGCGUAUUUAUGCUUGUUGGCUGCGGCAUCAUGUCGAUUCUCCCAGCCACGGUCGACGUGGCGGCGAGACAAUGGGGGUUCGAAGUCAUUCUCGGGUUCGGCAUCGGCAUGAACCUGUCCACAGCAACACUGAUCCCCUCGCUGAAUGCCGAUUUCCAAGACUUUGCCAUCGCGCAAGGUCUGGUCGCCCAAAUGCGUGUCUUGGGCGGCAGCCUGGGAGUGGCAUUGAGCUUUGUUGUGCUGAACAGCAGAAUCGCCGAGACGCUGACCGGGGUGCUCAGCGCGGCCGAGAUGGGAGCUUUUUACAGAUCGCCCGUCGCGAUGCUAUCCUUCUCUGGGUACAAGCAGCUCCAAGUCCGGACCACUUACAUCGACGCCUUCCAGGUUAACAUGUACGUGUGCGUUGGUAUCUCGGCGGCAUGCCUCAUUGCAUCACUGUGCGUCUACCAGAGCAGGCCACCCUCAAUCACGAAACGCUUGGAGGACUUGGAAGCCAUCUAUGCAAGGACCGCAGCCAACAAUGAGGAGGGAAACCCGUGAGAGUUGUUUAGCUACGGUAUAUGUACAGGAAGCCGAGAAGCCGGCC